CGCUGGGUGGCGGCGGGCGCGGGCGGGGAGGGGUGUCCGUCCCCAGGCGCUCGCUCCGCUCCGGCGGCACCGGCAUCGCGGGGCUCGUCCGUCAGCGGCGGGGGGAAGGAAGGGGCCGCCCCCCGGGCCGCCCCCGGCAUGGGGCGCUGCUGGGGCCGCCCCCCUCGCCGGGCCCGGCGCGCUCCCGGACUGUGCCUGCGGCGCCGCCCGCGGGGCCUGUAGGGGCGGCCGCGCCGCGCCUGGCCGGGGGCAGCGGCGGCAUGAGGAGCCGCUGCGGCCGCCGGCAGUGAAUGGGCGUCGCGGCGGAGCGGGAGGAGCCGGAGCCGCCGCCGCCGCCGCCGCGAUGGCUCAGGAGAAAAUGGAGCUGGACCUGGAGCUGCCGCCGGGGAGCGCCGCGGCCCCGAGCGACGGGGGCGGGCUGAGGCGGUCGAACAGCGCGCCCCUCAUCCACGGGCUCAGCGAUAAUUCACAGGUGUUCCAGGCUAACGUUCUGCGAACCCGCAGGAACAGUACCACAGUUAUGAAUCGUCAUAGUCUGUUUGUGCCAUCAUCUCCUAUCCGUAUUCCUAGCAGCCGUCUUCAUCAAAUCAAACAGGAAGAAGGAAUGAAUUUGAUGAGCAGAGAAACAGUACGUGAAAGAGAAGUGCAAGUAGCAAUGCAGAUGAGCCACUCAUGGGAGGAGAGCUUGAGCCUGAGCGACAAUGACUUUGAAAAAUCAUCCUCACCAAAGCAAGUAGACUUUGUCCCAGUUUCUCCAGCUCCUUCACCUACCAGAGGAAUAGGGAAGCAAUGUUUCUCACCAUCUUUGCAAAGUUUGGUGAGUAGCAGUGGAUUGCCUCCAAGUCCUAGCCCAAGUCCAACAAGGCGAUUUUCAAGCAGGAGAAGCCAGAGUCCAAUUAACUGCAUUCGACCAAGUGUUCUUGGGUCAAUAAAAAGAAAAGGCAUAACAGAGAUGGAAGAUCAUCCAAAAAGAUUAUUCCAAGGAUCCACCAACAUGCUCACCCCUGACGUUUCACAUCAGGUGGACCUUGGGGGAUGUCUGUCUUCACAUGCCCUCGAUGACAACAGAAGCAGUGCAGGCUCUUCCUGUGACUCACCAGCUGAAGUCGGCACCAACACAGACUCUCCGGUCUCACUUUCUGACUCCAGAUCUCCUUUUUUACCAGUAGAUCUUACGGCUAAGUUACCUAUUAAUUGAGAAGCAGAAGUCUGCUAAUGGACACCAAGAAACAGGCUGGAUAUCAGUAAGACUUUCUGUUGUGUGUAACUGAUUCUGUUCCUCAUAGGAACUUCCAGAAAUGUCAUUAUUUCUAGAAAACUUCCAGAAUAGUUCCUUGGGGAGGAAUUCACGUUUCUAGUGAUUUGUAUGACAUUUACUAAAAUACAGUAAGCAUUUGAAUUGCAAACUUGUUUGAUGCUCUAACAUCAGUAAGCAAGCUGUUGAUUUACAAUUGCUGAAGUCUUGUUGGUAUAAGUUACAAAUACUAUAUGUACAUUCUGCUUGUGGAAGACUUGGCUUUCCAGCAGCCAACAGGCAGUGUCCUCACUAAUAUAAAGUGGUGCUUAUGUAGUAGCAGAUAACCUUCACAUUUGUCCUCAGUCCGAAACCAAUGAAGAAGCUUACUAAUUUGUUUUUAUUCCCAGAGUGUUGGAUAUUUUGUACUUUUUCAGAUAAAAGGGGGAAUACUAGGGGAGGGAAUUGAUUCCUGUGUUGUAUUACAAUUGGCUGUUAAUCAAUUCUGUGUUCUAAUAGAUGUCAAAAGAACAAGUUGGUGAAUUGUCAUCUUAAAUUUAUAUGUUGGAUUUUAUUCAUGAUCAUGACUGUUGUUGUGACUAAACCCAAAUUAGGUGUGGAACAUUAUUCUGGGGUUUUCUAUUGUUUGAGUUUUUUCCUUCCCUGUUUAGCUGACGUAUUAGAGUGGUAGAUGCUCUGUUACAGGCCUUUUCAUAGGGAAAAAUAGUAUUAAUGUUUGGAACAAAACACUAAAUCCUGAGGUUUUCAUAUUUAGUACUUCAGAAGUGCAUUAUUUCAACAGUAUUCGUCCUCAUAUGAUUUUUGUUGGACAAAUCCAGUGGGGAAUCUUGAUUGCCUUUUUGUUGCAGACUGAGGUGAUCAAACGUAUAAUCUCCUGAUGUCACUUCCUCAAACAAUGGCAUCAAGUUAUUUCUGCUGUUGAAAACUUCAGAUGCUGAUCAGAAGCCUGGAAUGUGAUAAUCUGAGAUGUUUCGGGAUUCUUGUGUUCUGUUUGAGAAAUCAGUGGGUUGAGCUAUACUGAUCUCAACUCUGAAAUUCCCCAAACAGGAGGAAAAAAUUUGUGAACCCCGCCAUAGACAGCCGUUUCAGAUUUUCCAGAGGCAACCUCAUUUUGGUGUUUGACUCCUGUUUGGCAGUUGAACUUCCCCAGCUGGGUCCCCAUUUGUACAUGUGUAGGCAUCUGUGCUAUGUGGUUUCAGGCCUUUUCUCCAGGGGGGUUGUUAGUGAAGCAAAAUGUUUUAUUUUUAAACACUAAAUCUUUGUAAUGCGUAAUAAAGUGAGAAAAGUAUGGAAACUUCCUCGAGUAGGAGAAAAGCCCGCUCUGAACUCUGCUGUGAAAGAUUCACGCGAUUGAAGCUUUGACUGACAGCAGCCAUCAGAAUUAGAAAUGGGUGAGUUGGAGUGCGAAGACCUGGUGACCUGAGGACCAAUGACCAGUUUCUGUAUGUCCUUAUUGUAGAAAGAAAAUAGAAUGUAUUUAAUAGUUUUACUCGGUUCAAGUAAGAUACGGCAUGGUUUACUUCUGAUUUCAUUCCUCUUAAGUUAUUGUAAUAGUCAACUUCCCGAUUGCCGUUCCUUUUUAAAUUCAGACUGCCCUUCACCCCUGUGGCAGAUGGACAAGCUUGUGUUUAAUGUCUCUCUGCUCUCUGUCUAACAUGGCGUAGUUUCAUUCCGCAAUUUCAAGUACGUGCCAAAGAGUUGCUGUGCGUUCACUCUUGUGGUGGGGCAAGACUUUUUAAAAUCUUGCUGAUUUCUUAAGAAUGAACCUCCUGGUGUGUCUUCCAGUCUUUUUUAAAAGAUGCAUCAGUGGAGGGGUUUAAUAGUUGUGUGUGGGUCAACUUGUCUCUUUUCUGUUGAAUAUUUAUGCUAUUUUCCAAAUAAGUGCCAAUAAAUGGAAAAAUAAA